GCCCGCCAAACGCCCAGUGUCCAAAGCACAUCUUCCGCAUGCACGGCCGCCUUCUGCGAACCCGGCGCGUGGCUCUUAGCGCCAGACUCGCCCUCCCCACGACAAAAGCCAGGUGGUUUUUGUGGGGCGCGGAUCAUGGCCGCUCGCAUCCUGUGCACCUUGGAGGAUAAGGAGGGCCAGCUGUACACGCUUUCGGUGAAGAACACGUCUCUGGAUGUCGAGCCAUGGCUGGCGAUGGAGGCGCAGCAGGUUUUACCCCAACUGUCUGGCAGCAAGUCAGCGCCUGCGCUCUCCUCUAGAGCGCCUGACGCGGCGGUUAGCUUCACGCACGAGAUGGGGACCUGCCGCCCCUGCUUCUUUUUCCGGGGCAAGGCGGAUGGAUGCUGGAAGGGUGCGCAGUGCGAGCGGUGUCAUAUUUGUACUCUUCCUGCAGCUCAGUCCCGCCUGGAAAGCUUUACGAUUUUAUUUUAUUUUUCUCCACUGACAUUCCGCUUUGUUGUCUGCCCAGAUUGUGUUUUGCUCAGCGUCGCUUGCUUGGGUUUGCCCAGAAAGUGUUCCCUUUGACAACACGGGUUCUAUCUUUUCCAGUCGGAAGGAGAUGCACCAGCGCAGAAACCGCCUGCAGAGGGAAAUGAGGAGAGCCAAGGCGGCUCAGGCAGCCGCCGUCCAAGCUGAAAGUCACGGUCCUAACAGGUCCACCUCUUCCGGGUCUUGACAAGUGGGGAAUGCGCAGCCAUGUAUCCAGGCUGCCGCAUUUCUUCCCAUUUGCCAACGUGAGGCAUUUUGCCUAGCAAGCGGUAGCCCGAAAACGCCUUGGAGCGUUCUCACUCGCCUGUUCAGUUAUGCAUUUCACUUUGAGCUCCUUGACUGGCAAAGCGAAUGCUUUGCGCUGGUUGCAAGUCGGGGAACUAGGAAGCACGAGCAAUCCUCGGAUGGCUCAGAUCCUUGAUUUCUACUUAGCGAAAUGUGAUUAGUUUGUGCACACUACUGCGACCAUGCAUUGUCAUGCAUUCCUCUUGUGUUUGCUUGGACCACAGCUCCAACACCAGCCGGCAGUUUUUGUCUGCGCAGCACAAGGCCUUCUCCAAUUUUUCUCCAUCUGCAGAACACCACGAGGUGCGCACGGAACUGCAGAUUUACUCCAACAGGUGCAAUCUUCCGUCUCUGGCAUUGCGCGACAACUCCGCGCAUAGCUUGAACUCGGGGAAAGUGUAGAGACUUCCUGUGAGGGUGGCGAACAAGUCGUUCAACAUUGUGUUUGUACCAAUGUCGGACCCAUGGUAC